AUGUCCGACCCGAAUCCACUCCUCCUGCUUGUGCAGCAGCUCCAGCAAGAGCUCCAAAACCAGCGCCUUGAUAUUCAAAACCAGCGUAAUGAAAUACAGCAACUACGUGCGGACCUUGAUGCUUCCCGAACAGAUGUCCACCAGCUUCGUACGCAGCUUCUUUCCGUCCAGACACCCAGAUCCCGCCUGCCAGAUCCGCCUCGCUUUAACGACCAGCUCGUAGGAGCUGAUGCUUUUGACUAUGUAUGGGAUCGACUAGAACAGUCUCAGCAAGCUUCUGUCCUGCACCUCCGCCAAUCUGCCGAAGAAAACCAGCUAUGGGAUCCUGAACAGGAGGCUAUUCAGCGCUUUACUUCUAUACAACAGAGGGAUGACGAAUCGCUUAUCGCCUACCUUGCUCGUUUUGAACGACUUUCAUAUGAAGCCAAUGUAAACUCAUGGCCAGAUAUAUCACGUGUUACCACGCUACACCGGGGGCUACGGCCUAAUCUCCGUCGAAUACUAGAAGACUCGAAUAAUUCUCUCUUUGAUCUUCCCUAUAAUGAAUAUAUUGAACUUGUCCAGAGUACCGAUCGGCGUACCCGUCCUAGUCCAAAAUCAGCCCCGAAACCAGCUUUGACCCCGAAUACAGACCCAAUGGAUACUGAUCCGGUCCGAGUCAACUCAGUUAAAAUAAACCCCAAUCCUGUUCAUGUUGGCUCUGUGAGAGUAGCCCGAGCUGCUUCGCCUGUUUUAUCUGAUUCUUCUCAUGAAUCCACCACCUCUGACCGCCGCCGUUUCCGACUUGCGAAUAAUUUAUGCCUUUACUGCGGUUCUAAUGAUCAUUGGAUCGCAGACUGCGAUGCCCGCUCUACUUUGUCUGAUACUUCCGAGAAACCUCCGAAAAGCUUACAGCCCGCGCCAGCAACCCGCCUCGCUAUUAGGCCUCCUUCGGAGGCCUUAUAUAGGAAGGGGGAGUAG